CCUUCCCUCCAGCCGACCAGGCAGCAAUUACGCUUUGGGGAUAAAACGAGGCGCGGAGAGCGGGCUGGGGCAUUUCUCCCCGAGAUGGCGGGUCUGACGGCGGCGGCCCCGCGGCCCGGAGUCCUGCUGCUCCUGCUGUCCGUCCUCCACUCCUCUCGGCCCGGAGGGGUCCCAGGGGCUGUUCCUGGCGCAGUUCCCGGAGGAGUCUUUUACCCAGGGGCUGGUCUUGGAGGCCUGGGACUAGGAGCUCUGGGUGCUGCAGGCAAACCAGCAAAGCCAGGUGUUGGAGGGCUCGCAGGUGCUGGCCUUGGGGCAGGUCUUGGCGCCUUCCCGGGGGCCCUGGUGCCUGGCGGAGCGGCCGCCGCUGCUGCAGCCUAUAAAGCUGCUGCCAAGGCUGGUGCAGUGGUUCCUCAGCCUGGAGCUGGAGUAGGAGUCGGAGCCGGAGCGAAGCCUGGGAAAGUGCCGGGUGUGGGGCUUCCAGGUGUAUACCCAGGUGGAGUGCUCCCAGGAGCUCGGUUUCCAGGUGUGGGGGUGCUCCCCGGGGUCCCCACUGGAGCGGGAGUGAAGCCCAAAGCCCCAGGUGUAGGCGGAGCUUUUGCCGGAAUCCCAGGGGUUGGGCCCUUUGGGGGCCAGCAGCCUGGAGUCCCCCUGGGCUACCCCAUCAAGGCCCCCAAGCUGCCAGGUGGCUAUGGACUGCCCUACACCACUGGGAAACUGCCCUACGGCUACGGGCCCGGAGGAGUGGCGGGUGCAGGGGCCAAGGCUGGCUACCCAACAGGGACAGGGGUUGGCGCCCAGGCUGCAGCAGCAGCAGCUAAAGCAGCAGCAAAGCUUGGCGCUGGAGUCCUCCCUGGUGUCGCAGGGGCCGGCAUUCCUGGUGUGCCCGGUGCAGUUCCUGGGAUUGGAGGCAUCGCAGGGGUUGGGGCUCCAGCUGCAGCUGCAGCCGCGAAGGCAGCCGCUAAGGCAGCCAAGUACGGAGCUCCUGGAGGCUUAGGAGUCCCAGGAGUUGGUGUCCCAGGAGUUGGCGUCCCAGGAGUUGGUGUCCCAGGAGUUGGCGUCCCAGGAGUUGGGGUCCCAGGAGUUGGGGUCCCAGGAGUUGGCGUCCCAGGAGUUGGGGUCCCAGGUGUUGGGGUCCCAGGAGUUGGGGUUCCAGGAGUUGGGGCUGUGUCACCAGCUGCAGCUGCUAAAGCUGCCGCCAAAGCAGCCAAAUAUGGAGCCAGAGUGGGAGUCGGAGUUGGAGGCAUUCCCACUUUCGGGGUUGGCCCUGGGGGCAUUCCCGGCUUUGGUGUCGUACCCGGAGUUGGAGGAAUCCCCGGAGUCGCUGGUGUCCCUGGAGUUGGCCUUUCCCCUGAAGCCCAGGCCGCGGCUGCCGCCAAAGCUGCCAAGUAUGGUGCUGUGGGAGCUGGAGCCCUGGGAGGGCUGGUGCCAGGUGUACCAGGAGCUGCAGUCCCAGGUGUACCAGGUGCUGAAGGAGUCCCAGGAGUAGGGACCCCAGCAGCUGCAGCUGCCAAAGCUGCCGCCAAGGCUGCGCAGUUUGGGUUAGGCCCCGGUGUUGGCGUGGUUCCUGGAGUGGUCCCCGGUGUCGGCGUGGUUCCUGGAGUGGUCCCCGGUGUCGGUGUGGUCCCUGGAGUGGUCCCUGGUGUCGGUGUGGCCCCCGGCGUUGGCAUUGGCCCUGGGAUUGCAGGAGUAGGGACCCCAGCUGCAGCCAAAUCCGCUGCUAAGUUGGCCGCCAAAGCCCAGCUCCGGGCCGCAGCUGGGCUUGGCGCUGGCGUUCCCGGACUUGGAGUUGGCGCUGGCGUUCCCGGACUUGGAGUUGGCGCUGGCGUUCCCGGACUUGGAGUUGGCGUUGGUGUUCCUGGCUUUGGGGCGGGUGUAGUACCUGGAGCCCUGGCCGCAGCUAAAGCAGCCAAAUAUGGAGCAGGAGUCCCCGGGGCCCUUGGUGGAGUAGGUGUCCCAGGUGUCGUGGCAGGAGUUGGACCUGCUGCUGCUGCUGCUGCUGCCAAAGCCGCUGCCAAAGCUGCCCAGUAUGGCCUGGGGGGAGUCGGUGGUCUCGGAGUCGGGGGACUUGGUGCUGUCCCAGGUGCUAUCCCAGGUGUUGUCCCAGGUGUUGGGGCCCUUGGAGGUGUGUCCCCAGCUGCAGCUGCUAAAGCAGCCAAAUACGGUGCUGCUGGCCUCGGAGGUGUCCUAGGAGCCGGCAGGCAGUUCCCAAUCGGAGGAGUGGCAGCAAGACCUGGCUUCGGAUUGUCUCCCAUUUUCCCAGGUGGCGGCGCCGGGGGCCUGGGUGUCGCUGGUGUGCCCUGCCUGGGGAAAUCCUGUGGCCGGAAGAGAAAGUGAGCUUCCCAGGACCCCUGACUCGCGACCUCAUCAACUUUGGUGCUACUGCUUGGUGGAGAAUGUAAACCCUUUGUCACCCCACCCCAUGGCCCCCCAGUCCCCACCCCAGGAGGGAACGGGCAGGCCCGGCGGCCGUGGAAAUCCACAGGACAAGGAAACAAGAGAGCGGAGGCCCAGGGCCCCGACCAGAAGGCCCCCUACUUCAGAGGCGCGGGGUGGGCCUGGCCCUCUGCCCCCUCCCUGUCCCACCCAGGCGCUCCCCCACACACACACAGCCUCCAUCUCCAGGGGAAUUGGUGCUACAUGCCGGUGCUCCCAUCCUCCCGGGGGAAGGA